AACUUAUUACGACAGAUGGCCGCGGCCCGGGAGGCGGGAGCGGGCGCGGACCCGGCCCUUCGAAGAGAUCGACCUCCGAAAUGCGCCCGAGAUUGCAUUCUUUCGGCGGCGCGGGCGCAUUCCACUGCGCGCCAUCCGAGCUCCGCGCGCCCGCGCCAGUCGACGCGCGCCCUUUUGGGGGUUAAGAUGUGUCCGUUGCGGCGGGCACUCACGAUGUGGUCCCAACCGCCUCCCCCAGAACCCGAGUCUGACCCGCCGACGUUUCGCGCUCGCGCAGCCUCCGUCGACGCUCAUUCUUGGUGCCGGGGUUGCUUCGGCACUCGUCAGCUUGCUCGCAUGGUUCGAGAGCCCCUUGAGUAUGGGGUCCGCGUUGACCCAACCUCCGCCCGGCCGGCCGGCUUGAUGGUCCGCGACGAGCCCCAGUACCAAAACCUGGAGGUCCUCCGCAAGCGCCCCGAGUACGCUAACCUCGACGAGAUUAGUCGCGAGUUCGGUUACCGGUUGUGUCCGGAAGGACAGAAUUUAGAAGACGAGGCUAUUUACGAGAAUAUACUGUCUGUGCGCCAGAUUCGUUCCGCGGAAGUGCGUUUAGUGCCAGUGUCUGAAGUGGCGUACUAUGAAGGCCAAGGUUACGUAGCUACGCAGGUGUUGAGUAGGAAUGGGACCUUUCCACAAUGCCCGCCGAACACCUGGAGUCGUUUGCAGCAUGCGUGCAGAAUGACUGGAUCAUUGAAAGUUUUUACUGCGAAAAAGGAAAUGUACGAUGUGAAAAAACAGCGUCUGUGUUUAGCCCAAGACGAAUACAAGCAUUUGAACAAUGCGCUGUCUACCCUCGCAGCGUCAAGGACGAGUCUGUGUUCGUCAACAACGUCGAUGACGACAACCUCAACCACAUCACGGCACGAUCCCGAAGUGCUUCGGUCGGAAGUGGCGCAAGCGCGGGGACGAGUAGCCCAAUUGCGGAAGGAAUUACGGCAAGCGCGAGCUGAAGUGGCCAGCGCGCGCAGAGGCGUAGAUACCUUGGCCGAAGUGGAGCAAAAAAUAUGUUCACAACAAGGCUGUUACAACAUCACUGAAGCUCAGGCGAUCAUGACUGAGCUAAAGAACAUACAGAAAUCAUUAACCUCAGGAGAGAAAGAGAGGGCAGAUCUUAUGCAGUCCUUAGCUAAGCUAAAGGAUGACCUGACAAGGCUGCAACUCGGUGACGCUUCUCCUGACCUUUCCACGUUGAGUCUUCCCCAAGAAAAACUCAGUACUGCCUCCCAAACUGAUCUCUGUGCUGAUCUAGUACCAAUCGGUACACGAUUAGCUGAAAUGGCGCGGGUUCGACUUCAAUAUGAUGAAGCUAGAAAGCGGAUACAACAAAUCCAGCAACAAUUAGCUGAUUUAGAGGAUAAAGUGCAGCCGGGCCAAGCGGAGUCUGACAAAGAUCGCUUAUUACUGUUCCAGGAAAAGGAACAACUGUUGAGGGAACUCAGAAGUAUAACUCCAAGGACAAGAUCGAAGCAAGAGAUGACUAAUAUACAAUCAGAGUGUGAGAGGUUAGAGCAGGACUUGAAAAAUGCUUUCGAAAUGUCCAAUAAGUGUAUAGCAGAUCGGUUAAGGUUGCACGAAGAGAAACAGUUGUUAUUACAGCAGUUGAAAGAUGCUCUGACCUCGAUGACGACCUUGGAAGGACAGUUGAAAACGUUAUCUGCUAGCACGCUGUCUGUGUCAAGUAGUUCCAGCUUAGGGUCCUUAUCUACAGCUAGUAGUAAAGGGUCUUUGAGUUCGGGGAUUAGUUUUACGGACAUUUAUGGAGGACCUCAAAUUGCGAGUUCUUUUCAAGCAGACAAACCUAUUGAUAUGGCAGAUUUACAUCGAAGGGUUGAGAGGUUACUUCGUGGUACGAGCUAUACUGCGGACAGUAUAACUCCUGGUGCUAGCAGCUCACCAUCACAACCUUCUUUAUCACCUAGGAGUAGUCUAUCAUCAGCGAGUCCACCGCCUCCACCACCUUCUUAUAAUCAGGUGGAAAGACAGAGGCGACAACAAAAAGAGUUGGAAGAAAAAUUAGCAGAAAUGAGAAUCGGAGUUGCAACUGGACUGAACGAAGUUACAGGCCUUGCCACAAUACCAGUGCAAUUACAAGGACCAGGGCGGCCGAGCGAGCCACUAUCUCCAAUUUCCGAGACGCCCUCUGCACCGCUUUCUCCAAGAACUCCCUCGUCUAGUGGUACAAACACUAGAUCUGUGUCGGCGGCAGUCAGUGAUGAGUCGGUGGCGGGUGACUCGGGCGUCUUCGAAGCGGCGCAAGCAGGGAAUGACGCUACCAAUGCAGUGAGCAGUGCGCAAAUUGAAAUCAAAUUGCGAUACUGUCCAGACGAAAGUGCAUUGGAGAUCGGCAUACUGCGCGCGCGCAACUUGCACGCAUUGCACAUAGACAUUGACACUGAAAUCGUGGUGCGCGUGGCGCUGAUGAGCGGCGGCUGCGCGGGCGGCGGCGUGGUGCUGAGCAGCGCGGCGCGGGCGUGGCGCGGCGCCGCGCUGUGCUGGCGCCACGCGCAGCGCGCCGCCGUGGCCGGCGCACGCGCACUGCGCGCCGCCACGCUGCAGAUCAACGUCUGCACCGGCGCCGAGUGUCUCGGAUGUGCCCAAGUCAGCUUGGCGGACUUCGAUCUGGAUGCAGUUUCGCAGAAGUGGUACAACCUUCUCAGUUUCCGCUCUAUGAGGAGGGACGAGAGUUCGGACGAGUCUACGGUCAUAUCUUCGCAAACUUCCACGCUCACAAGAAACAGAGGCCCUGAGAGCAUGACUGGUGCGGAGUGUAAUGUAGACUGUGGAGAUAAUUCAGCUUCAGAGGAUGAGGAGUCGAGGGAACCACUUAAUCAAAUUGUCGAAGAAGAUUCGUCGGAAGAUUACAUCCCUGAAGAAGACGAGGUUUUGGAAGAGGAAUACCUACCAUCAACAGCAGAGAAAGCUACAAAUACAGAAUGCAACUUCUGUCCAGAGGGAGCGAGACAACUGCAUAGAAGGAAAAGUCAGCAAGUAAACGCAAACCCAGAAGAGUCACUAGCGACCAUAAAGAGAUCUCAAACGUUUUCACCACAACCACAGAGUAUCGGCAAGGGGCAGUACAUUUGUAGAUUAAAUCGUUCUGAGUCUGACUCAUCGAUGGCGCAGUACGCACGGCGUGUGACGUUGCAACCGCCUAUAACUACCGGCAUACCCUUCGACAGGAACCGUUGCGAGCGCAGAUCUUUGCGACGCGGGCGCAGCUGUGCGUUGCGUCGCGGCGUGCUGGGCGCGGCGGCCGCGGGUGGUCGAUCGCGCGCACCUCGUACUUCUCUGGACCUAGCACUGGACCUGCGCGCGCAGCACUCACGCCUCGCCGACCUCAACAACGACAUCGAGCACCUCACCGAGCUUAAGAAAAAAUUGGAAGAAGCUCGAUCAUCAGGCGACCCGGCGGUGGCGGCGUGGGUGGCCGAAGAUGACACCUUCCGGCGACUAAUCACGGGUCCCAACGAGGCUGGCUCCGACCGCACGUCCCGGCUGCUGCACAAGACGUACCGCGAGAUCAUCAGGCUGAGGAGGUCACGGCAGGGAAGCAGAAAGCCUGAUAUUGUCACGUUCAAAGAAAAGAUGGCGUUCUUCACACGCAGCAAGGCUACCAUCCCCGUGCUUCCAGGUGAAGAGGCUGACGAGAUAUCCGAAGAUGAUUGGGAAGAAGAGGAUUUAGAAAGGAGAACACCAGACGGUCGGUCGUCAAAGACGUCGUACGAACGCCGCGAACAGCGCUGCAGCGAGACCCAACCCCAAAACGCUGCAGAGUCAGAAUCCAAAGAAGUGGUGGAAUGCAAGAACCUCUGCCUGAACCCAGAACCGUGCUACGAGAAUCUGCCAAUAACCAGUAAUAACAUCGACGGUACAAAAACACAAGAAGAGAACGAAACCAAGACUGAAGAGGUGAGGUAUGAAUUUGUUGUUGAUAGAGUUUUGGGUGUUCAGGUCUGAAUGAAUGAUUCGUCAACCAAUAAUGAAUGAGUGGAUGAUAAGAGCGUUCAUACCGAUGGUCGCCGAAGUGUAGCAACGUCGGAAUUUUUUGUCAGUUAUAAAAAAAUUAACUAUUUUCAAUAUUUCCGAUUGAUUAUUCAAAAAUGUUCAAAGACAAGCUAAGACACGCAUCGGUAAGUUUCGGUAUGAACGCUCUUAGGCUCAAAAUGGCCUUGUACACAUGGCACCAUUAAAGUGAAUUUUGCAAAUAUUUACUGUGAUUAUUAUUGCCUAUUGAGAUUUCUGGUAUGAAGACUGAAGCGAAAAUUAUUUUAUAUGUAUCGUAUUAUUAAUGUAUCAGGACUCGUAGAGACGUACGGAAUGUGCAAAUAGAGUGCCAUAAACACUGAGAGUUCUAUUAUAUAUAUUAAAUAUACAAGUUGGAUCAUUUUUAUAUCGUAUUGUACAAAAAAGUGCCUUAAAUUUAAUCGGUGCCUCGAUAUGUAAAUGUACAGAAGCCUGCGAAUGUGCCAUAUUGCGGCAUGAAAUGGAAAGGUAAUAGGUACAAAAUAGUUGUAUGAAGAGUCACAAAAUAUAUACCAAACAAUUAAUGUAAUUUGACGGCGAGGGUGGCUGUUUCAUUGUACAGAAAUACGUAAUAGGCGGCCCACCGAAACGGUUGCCCUGCUGUGUAUAAAUAAAUUAAUGAGAUAUAUUAUAGUAUCCACCGAGGACUUGACAGGCCAAAAAUAGACGCUUUGUAUAUAAAGGCUUUGUUACGCGAGUCGAUAGUCGGUGAGUCGUGCAUUGUGGAGUAGUACCUGCCCUUAAUACAUUUCUUAAGGAAACCUUGAGAAUUAAUAGCGAUAUUUUCAUUAAAGGAAAUCUUUUUGAUAUUGUUUGUUUUUCUAUUUCUAUACUUUUUCAGAAGUUAAUGAUUAAUUGGUUUUUACUCUGGCGGAUAAAAUACAUUUCAUUAUUGGUUGUUCUACCGUUCGGGAUAUAAACUGCGAAUUUUUCGCAGAAUUUCUGUUAGCAAUGGUAGUGGUCAAUCUUCGAGUGUUGCCAGUCAUACACAUACUAUUGAUAGCGGAAUUAAAAUAAUCUUAAUCAAAUAACCACAUAUUGCCUUCAGCAACAUACGUCCAGUUUAGUAAAAUAUUUAGUAAUAGUAAAUCUUAAGGAGCGUACAAAAGAAGGAAAUUUCAAAAUAAAACCCUGUGCCAAGUCACGUGACCAGUGUAUUUAUAGCAGGUUAUGUCUUCCUAAAACACGAACAAACCUGUAAUUAGUCUCUUAUCUCAUACAUUAUAUGGGCUCUUAUAGCAUUGAAUGCCAAUAUAUAAAAGAUGAUUAAAAAAAUCAUUAUUAAUUUUCAAGGUCGACCGAAUCAAAAGUCGCAAAACGUGGGCACAUAAAAACGUUUAUAGCGUGCAAUAUUGAUACAAGUAGUUAUCACGUUCAGUAAGGCACUUCACACACUACCAAACUGCCCGCGACCAAACGGAGUCGUGUACGAUGAAUAUCGCACAUUGAACAACUAAUGUACACUGUAACAUGUCGUCAGAAAAUACUAAACAAUUUAAGUCGAGUGGUGUGUGGAAUGACUUACUACCAUAUAGAUAUGAGAUCUGAUUUUGUCGGUGUUUCGAUUCAUAAUGUUUAGUUGCUUUGAAAAUAUACUAUCUGUAUCGUUUAGCCAAUUGAUCUUAAUAAUCAUACCUAAACAUAAUUCCUACAUACCAGUGACGUCUAUUUUGCUUACCACAAGAUCGUAGUUCGAACGUAGCGUGUCCCGUUCGUUGCUAUAGAUUAUUAUUAUUAAUUUUGCACAACCCCAUGUGAAUCGUGACUUUAGUUUAAGUGUGCUAUGCGAUUAUAGUAGCGAUAUCAACAUAUAGUGGGAAUUAUCAACCAUUAAAAAUGUCAAGUUUGAUUAAUUCAUAUUAAUUUCACUGAUUGAACAUUUACAAAAUUUUAAUAUUUUGUCUUUUAAUUACUGUAAAUUCUGAUUAAUUUAUAAGUCUUAAAUUGUACUAAAUUUAGAUUUUUUUUUUUAAUAGAAGAAUAUUUAAUAGCGACAGUGAAAUUUAUCUGAAUAUAAAAAGUAUUUUUUUAUCAUUUAUUUAUUACUCAGUGCAGUUCAUACUUCUAUAGCUUCCAAGUAAUAAAUUGAAAUUGUUAUUACAAAGUGAGAUUGUGUUGAAGUUAGUAUGUUUUCAUUGCUCUACAUUAAUAUAAUUUAGUUUUAUAUUAUUAUUAGUAUUUGUACAUUUUGUAUAAUAUUUUUUAAUAUUAUUUUAGCUAUAAAAUUUUGUAAAUAAUCUGAAAAUAAUACUUGUGUAAAAGAAUUUGCAUAUCUGUAUUUCUGAAACUGUGUCUAUUAUUAUUAUUAAUAAUAAUUAUUAGCAAUACUAGUGAAUGUUAAGUAUUUUUAUAACAAAUCGAUAGUCCCAUAGUCGGCUUAGUUAUGUAAUUAAGUGAAUACAUUUUUGUAAAAAAUGUAUAUUUUAUAUAAACAUUUAUAAAUAAUUUUGUAAUUGUUAUCGAGGUGAAUUUGUAUUUGCCAAAUUAAUAUAAGUCUUGUUUUAAUUUUUCCAUACAAAAAAGGACUAUAUUUUGUAAAGAUGCCAAUACUGUCGAUAGCAGGUCGAUAAAAAAUGAAAAUAAAAAUCAUAAAUUAAUA